AAAUUCACGACUGGCAAAUAAAAUGUAUUUGCCAUGAUACUUAUCCAUUUAUCGGUACUCAGCCAAUCGCGUUAAAGUACGUAGUACGAAUGUUUACAUGUAGCACGUUGCAUUAACAACAACAAUUGAUAUAAUUCUACAUUUGGUUAGUUUAUAAUUGUGCGGUAUCGUAAACGAACUGAAGUUUAAGGAAAGGUUGAUUUAAAAGAUAUCAGUUUAUCAAGACACGGUGGCCAUUUAACAGAUUGACAGUUGACAAGAGAGAAUGUUGAAGCAGAUCUUGCUGGUCAUGGGGCUUGUAGUUGGGGUUCUCACACAACACGUCAUGGCUAACUCCGCAGCCUUGACAGUUGUACAUGUGGAGGGAAGUGAAGAUGAGACCAUUGUUGAAGAUACGGAUGGUGAUAGUCCAGUUGUCUUGGAGAAAUUCAUUCCCACGGAUCAGUGGCAAACAGUGCAAGAAGGUCAGGCCAUUCCAGCCGGCUUACAUGUGAGAAUGAACUUUGAGACAGGCAGCAAAGAGGCCAAACUCAUGUCGGACUUCAGACAUACAGAUGAUGCUCAGGGACAUCAAUAUUUGGGUCAGAAGGAGUUUAUGAGAGAAGAAUUAAAAAAGGCAAUGAAAAACCUAAAAGCGACGGAUUUAGACAACAAGGACUCUAAACCUAGCGGGGAAUUCCGCAGUUAUGAGGAACUCAAGAAGGACUUUGCGGACAUGAAUGCCAACAUCGAGACGGAUGCUGAAAUCAUUGCGCGUCUUCUGCUGAAACUGAACAAUUCAGACACUCCCAGCGAAGAACUGCAACUGACUCUGACUGAUCUGGAAUACUAUCUGCAUCAGUACGACAAUGCAAUACUGUUUGGGGAUGCUGGAGGUCUCUCAGUUCUCCUGGGAAUCCUCAACAAAACCGAGAAUAUGGACGUCUUGAAAGAGGCAGCACGAGCAUUAGGGGCGGCAAUCUCAAGCAACCCCAAAGCUCAGAUCCGCAGUCUAGCCUCUGGUGCGAUGGAAGUACUUCUUCGUCUGAUGGCAGUCAGUUACGACACAACGGUGCAGCGAAAGUUGCUGUUUGCCAUUUCAAGUCAGUGUCGACACUUUCCCUAUGCUCAGAAGCGCUUUGUGGACCUUGGUGGACUGUCUGUUUUGCAGAAAGCGUUUAACCAACCUCUGUCGGACAAAUUCAAAAUGAAAGCAGUGGCUUUAAUUGCUGACAUGCUGAUGGAAAAAAUUGUGACAGAGCAAAACACAAGUCCAGAAUUGUCCACAGACUUGGAAAAGCUUCGUCAAUAUAAGGAAGUUGACCUGGAGACGUUACUAGUGGACAAGGGCUGGUGUGAUCGGGUCCCAGAGCUGUUGAUGUCACAUGACCAUGAGGCAAGGGAACAAGCCAUAGUUGCUAUGGAAACGUUAGCACACACGUGUCAACAAACAUUUUCCAAAUACCUAGUGACUGUAAGGUUAUUAAAUACGGAGUACAGAGACAUGGUUUCAGACGAUUCAGGCUAUUUUCAACACAUGGUUGAAAUUACGGACAAUUUACUUAACAAAGUUACGAAUAAAAAUAAUGGACAUGUUACAGAUGAAUUAUAGCGGCUCUGGAGUCGUAGGACCAAUUGUUUACUUUAUAAUAAUACAUGUAUAUUAAUUUAUGUUUUUUUGCAAUGACUGUAUGUUCUUACAAAUUUGUUUUGACAUUUGUGUUUCUUAUUUUGUCAAAGCUUUUUUGCCCAUCUGUAUGCACACCAUUUUGAUGUCAAUUUGUUCUAUUUUGUGACUAAAAUGUAUGCUGUU